GGGAGCCAGUGGGCGGGGUCUCGUGGCGUCAGCGCAAGAUGGCGGCCUCGGCGGCGCUGUUCUCGCGCUUGCGGAGCGGACUCGGGCUCGGCGCGCGGGGGCUGUGCACCAGGCUGGCGACGCCGCCCCCCCGAGCCCCAGACCAGGCUGCAGAGAUUGGAAGCCAUGGGAGCACUAAAGCCCAGGGGCCACAGCAGCAGCCAGGCUCAGAAGGUCCCAGCUAUGCCAAAAAAGUUGCACUUUGGCUUGCUGGUUUGCUUGGAGCUGGUGGGACUGUGAGCAUCAUCUAUAUUUUCGGAAACAACCCUGUGGAUGAAAACGGUGCCAAGAUUCCUGAUGAGUUCGACAAUGAUCCAAUUCUGGUCCAGCAGUUACGUCGGACAUACAAAUAUUUCAAAGAUUAUAGACAGAUGAUCAUUGAGCCCACCAGCCCCUGCCUUCUUCCAGACCCUCUGCGGGAGCCAUACUAUCAGCCGCCCUACACACUUGUCUUGGAGCUCACUGGUGUCCUCUUGCACCCUGAGUGGUCGCUGGCUACUGGCUGGAGGUUCAAGAAGCGGCCAGGCAUCGAGACCUUGUUCCAGCAGCUUGCACCUCUGUACGAAAUUGUCAUCUUCACGUCAGAGACUGGCAUGACUGCGUUUCCACUCAUCGACAGUGUGGACCCCCAUGGCUUCAUCUCCUACCGCCUCUUCCGGGAUGCCACAAGAUACAUGGAUGGACACCAUGUCAAGGACAUUUCGUGUCUGAAUCGGGACCCGGCCCGAGUGGUGGUCGUGGACUGCAAGAAGGAAGCCUUCCGCCUGCAGCCCUACAAUGGUGUCGCCCUGCGGCCCUGGGACGGCAACUCGGACGACCGGGUCUUGUUGGACCUGUCUGCCUUCCUUAAGACCAUCGCUCUGAACCAAGUGGAGGAUGUGCGGACUGUGCUGGAGCACUACGCCCUGGAGGAUGACCCGCUGGAGGCUUUCAAGCAGCGGCAGAGCCAGCUCGAGCAGGAGGAACAGCAGCGCCUGGCUGAGCUCGCCAAGUCCAACAAGCAGAAACUCUUCUUCGGCUCUCUCACCAGCCGCUUGUGGCCUCGCUCCAAACAGCCCUGAUGCUCUGGGCCUCCUCAAACUCACUGCCUGGGUUCAGGGCCUCAGGCCCCAGUGCUCCCAGACCAAGGCUUGGGCAGCCACAUGUCCAAUAAAGUGCAUCCCAGAUGGCACAA